UCUAUCAAUACAGACAUCGCAUUAUUAAAAAAAAUAUAUAUUUCACCAACCAGUAAUCUAUAUAAGAAUGAAAGACGAGUCACGGAUAUUUGUUAGUUGCAUAAUAUAACAGUUGCCAAAACAAAUUGUUCAACUGAUUCAAACCUGCAGGACGUUUUAAAGCGUAAUUGCGUCACAGUGUUAGUGGAAUGACGCCUGUAGAGGGCGCGAACACACGCUCGGCUUUCACAUAACGGAAACUGCGCGUGAGAGACAUGCGCGUCACAGGCAGUGAGAGAAAAAAACAUUUCUGCACUUCUGAAGCUCAACUUCACAGUUCUCCAGACCUGCCGUUUUCUUCAGGUUUUACGUUUUCCGUUUUUUUUAUUUUCUCGCGGAGAUGGAGAGCAGACGUUAAGGCGCACGUGAAGUAGCAGCAAUGUUAUAUGAAAAGAAGAUAGAAAGUUUUCACAUCGAGCUCUUAUGAGAGUAUGUAGUCGAGCGAUGCUCUACAGGCUUUAUUAAAAGUCAGAUCUUUAAAAAAAAGACACCCCGAGGCAAUCAAGCACCCAUUUUCCACUGAUAGUAAGCUUUUCUCAUUUCUUCACUUGUUUGGGAAACGCCUUUCCAGCAUUAAAGAAAUGAGCAGCUGGAUUAUGAUGGAAAGCUCUUUGUUGAGCAUCACGCUGGCAUUCUGACUGCUUAGCCGUGGAGUGACACUUUAUCAGUCCAACAUGUGCAACAUAUGCCGAAAACUACGCAGACAGCAAUGAAUAUGCUAUCCAGAAGAUUGCAUGUUUAUUGUGGGUGAGGUAGCAAAUAUAAUAAUUCUUUGCUUCAUUUUGCGACACCACGGAUAUCACAUGACUGUGACACUUCUGUUCACCUGCAUGAGGAUGUAAGAAAACAGUAUGUUUGUUUAAAAACACAACCUGGACUCUCAUCAGAUAUCUGCCACGAUUUCCAAGCUUGACAGUUUUACCCAGUUUGCUUUCAAUCUGCGGAGGAAACUAAUGUCUGCCAGUAGCACCUCUCCUCUGACCUUACCUAAUCCCUUCGUACACUCUCAGCAUCAGACUGCACCCCCAACCCCCUCUCCAUCACCCAGCCCUCCGGUGCCACUCUGCGUCCGCCUCUCCAAUGGGAAUCACAGUGUCCCGAGCCCCACCAGCUCUAUCCAUGGAGUGUCCUUCCUCCUCCAGAUUGGACUCACCAGGGAAAUGGUCACCCUGGAUCCACAUGAUUUGUCACUCAGCUCUGUGAAGGAUUUGGUCUGCUCCAUAGUUGAUCAAAAGUUUCCAGAAUGUGGAUUUUUUGGCUUGUAUGAUAAGAUCUUGCUUUUCCGGCAUGAUCUUAACUCAGACAACAUCCUCCAACGAUUGACAUCAGCAGAGGAGAUCCAUGAGGGAGAUCUGAUCGAGGUCGUCCUGUCUGCUCAAGCUACAGUCGAAGAUUUCCAGAUACGACCUCAUGCGCUGUACGUCCACUCCUACAAAGCGCCCACCUUCUGUGACUACUGUGGAGAGAUGCUGUGGGGGCUCGUCAGGCAAGGCCUCAAGUGUGAAGGAUGUGGCCUGAACUAUCACAAACGAUGUGCCUUUAAAAUCCCCAACAACUGUAGCGGUGUGAGGAAAAGACGUUUAUCCAAUGUGUCUCUUCCUGGUCCUUCACUGUCUGUGCCUCGUCCGGCACCAGCUGAACAUGCUACCAGCAGCUUAGAGGAGCAGCGCCCUCAUCAGGAACCUGGAAAGCGGAUACCGUCAUGGAGUGGUCGACCAAUCUGGAUGGAGAAGAUGGUGCUGGGGAGGGUGAAGGUCCCACACACCUUUGUCAUUCACACCUACACUCGUCCCACCAUCUGCCAGUAUUGCAAACGCCUCCUCAAAGGCCUUUUCCGGCAGGGCAUGCAGUGCAAAGACUGUAAAUUCAAUUGUCACAAGCGAUGUGCUUCAAAGGUACCAAAAGACUGUCUUGGAGUCUUCAAUGGAGAGCCGGCCAGUCCCGGUCCAGACUCUGACAGCACUAUGGAGGUGGACAGCAGUGAUGUGAACAGUGAUAGUGGCCGAGGACUAGAUGAUUCAGAGGAACCCACAACUCCCGAGGACAAGAUCUUCUUCAUGGACUCUCCCUUCAUGGACAGAGAGAAAGACGAAGAACCUGUGAAGACCAUCAGUCCCUCCACAAGCACCAACAUCCCACUGAUGCGUGUGGUUCAGUCAGUCAAGCACACCAAACGCAGGAGCUCUACUGUGGUCAAAGAAGGCUGGAUGGUGCACUACACUAGCAAAGACAAUCUGAGAAAGAGACACUACUGGAGACUGGAUAGCAAGUGUCUGACUCUGUUUCAGAACGACUCAGGAGCCAAAUAUUACAAAGAGAUUCCCCUGUCAGAGAUCCUGCAAGUGGAGGUCGCACGGGACUUUGGUAGUUUAGCCUUGGGCGGCAACCCACACUGCUUUGAGAUCAUCACUGCCACUAUGGUGUACUACGUGGGGGAAAACACUGGCGGGCCCCACCUGCACAUCCACAGCCCUGCUCUUGCUACUGGAGGAGUGGGGCUGGAGGUGGCUCAGAGCUGGGAGAGGGCUAUUCGCCAGGCCCUGAUGCCUGUUCCUGUCACACCACAGCCCAGUGUGGGCACUGCUGCAGGCCAGAGCAAAGAUCACAAGGAACUGUCCAUCAGCAUUUCUGUAUCAAACAGUCAAAUCCAGGAAAAUGUGGAUAUCAGCUCAAUCUAUCAGAUCUUUGCUGAUGAAGUGUUGGGCUCUGGACAGUUCGGCAUCGUUUACGGAGGGAAACACAGAAAAACAGGAAGAGAUGUGGCCAUCAAGGUCAUAGAUAAAAUGAGGUUUCCCACCAAACAAGAGAGCCAGCUGAGAAAUGAGGUGGCCAUUUUACAGAAUUUGCACCAUCCUGGGAUAGUAAACCUGGAAUGUAUGUUCGAGACCCCAGAGCGAGUGUUUGUUGUGAUGGAGAAACUUCAUGGCGACAUGCUGGAGAUGAUCUUGUCCAGCGAGAAGAGCAAACUUCCAGAGCGCAUCACCAAGUUUCUGGUCACACAGAUCCUUGUGGCUUUGAGACAUCUUCAUUUCAAGAAUAUUGUUCACUGUGACCUGAAGCCAGAAAAUGUGCUGUUGGCAUCUGCUGAGCCUUUUCCUCAGGUCAAACUAUGUGACUUUGGCUUUGCUCGGAUCAUCGGGGAGAAGUCUUUCCGGCGUUCAGUUGUGGGAACACCAGCAUAUUUAGCCCCAGAGGUUCUGCGCAGUAAAGGCUACAACCGUUCUCUUGACAUGUGGUCAGUGGGAGUCAUUAUCUAUGUCAGUUUGAGUGGGACGUUCCCCUUCAAUGAGGACGAGGACAUUAAUGACCAAAUCCAGAAUGCAGCAUUCAUGUACCCACCGACUCCCUGGAAGGACAUCUCUGCUGAAGCUACAGAUCUGAUCAACAAUCUUUUGCAAGUCAAGAUGAGGAAACGCUACAGUGUGGAUAAAACCCUCAGUCAUCCAUGGCUACAGGACUACCAAACAUGGCUGGAUCUGCGGGAGUUUGAAACUCGGCGAGGCGAACGCUACAUCACUCAUGAGAGCGAUGAUGCACGCUGGGAGAAGUAUGCUUAUGAGCACAGUCUGAUGUAUCCAAAGCACUUCAUUAUGGCACCAAACCUGGAUGAUAUGGAUGAGGACCCCUAGUGGACGUGAGCUGAACUCAGAUGACCACAGAGAGCUGUUGACGGUGUGAUGCCGUCGAGACUCAAAUACGAUGAAGCAGACUGUGAGGACAGAAAGCUGAUACAUGGCCAGCGAGCCUGACACUUCCUGGAUGUCAGUAAUGCUAAUGAAGAUGAGUGCAGAGUGUGGAGAUUUCCAUUGGGAGCGUAUUCACAAGUAUUCAUGAUUGUUCUUUUGCAAACGGUGCUGUUAUGUUUCAUUUCUUAUCAAAGUGUACGUUCGGUAUGUCAGAACGUUGGCUUGCGUUACUACAAGGAUGUGACUGACGUAAAACGUAAAGGCGAAAGUGAUGCAGUUGUUUAUGUUUUUGCUCAUAGACUUUCAUUUUGAAAGCAUCAAACUGGAACAUGCAUUUUUUUAUUGCCAUUGUUCUUUUGUUUUCUAAAUCGAUUUGCUACAACACAGGUUUUACAGCAGAUUGAAGGAUUCCUGAAGGCUUGGGGUUUUUUUGCACUAAACUAUGUGACUGCUGCAUCUGGUACAAUGAAAUGAAUUCUGUGAGGUGACAGCCAAAAAAAUUUGGUCUAGUGUUAAAUAAAACAAUUACUACAGUGUCUGAACUCUUAAUAAAGCCAGGAUGAGUUUGUCAGAUGUAAUGGGAGAUGUUAUCUUCAGUGGACCAAAGACAUUGGCGUCUGCCGUGACUCUUGUUUUUCUACAUCACUGUAGCCAUUGUCCUUUCCAGCAGUCUUUACAGAGCCAUCUUUAUUUAUUCUUCAUACUGCAGUCUUAAAAUAUAAUAGCAACUGAGCAGUGCAGAUGUGUUAGUCAAAAGCCUACUGUGAGAAAGCUGUAUGACUUAAGGCACAUGUGCUCUGGGACAUUUUUCAUUCACGUUUAAUGCCUCGUGACUAAGCAAAGGGCACCAAUGUGAACGUGAAUACCAAUGUGCAAAACACCAGUCAUGAAAGCGUUUUUAAAACAGAUUGAGCUUAUUAUUUUGGUUUCAUGUGUCAUGUUAAAAAUAGUUCAGAGAUCAGUGAGAUCAGUGAUUUUGUCAAGUCAAGACAUGAUGUUACAGUAUAUUCCUUCUUGAUGGCCAGGGUAUUUUUGUUUUUCAUUAAGCUUCAUCUAAUGUCAGGGAGUGAUUUUGCAUAUUCACUUUCCUCAUUGGCAGUUAUAGUUACUUGGGUAUGAAUGCUGAAAAAUGUCCCAAAAAUGCUGAUGAUGAGCGCGAGGAAAAUCAUCCUGGUGUGCACAAGCCUUUAGAAAGCUCUUUUUGAAUACAAACAUGUAUUUAAGAAACGGCUAUUCAUUUUAGUUUUAAACAGAUGAUCAGUGUUAUGUUAUAUUCUAUUUUUAUUAUUUUCAUUCUCUCUGUUUUUCUUACAUUUUGGUAUGUGCAGUACUGCACAGUGAAGUUUGUUCAGUGAAUUUUGAAACCUUUAACUCUGAACUUUGAAUCCCAGAACUGGAAAAUCUCAAAAAGAAUUUUUUUUUUUUUUUAUGAUGGACUUUUUGUUGUAAAAUCAACCUUCAAUAUUAAAAUGAAUCUUGAUAAA